AUGCCUUCAAUAUGGGCCUUGACGAGAGUCUUCAGUUCCCUCAGCCAAAUUCCUCUUAGCUCUCUCUCCGAUAUCGCACCAUCUUUAGGGCCAGCCAAUGACAUGACAGCCUCGUUGUGCCCUAUCGAUUCGCCACUGUCCUGCCAUAACACGACGGCCGCGCCAGAAUCCUGCUGUUUCAUUUAUCCUAAUGGUCAGCUACUCUCGACUCAAUUUUGGGAUACUGAUCCUGUCGUGGGGCCCUUAGAUUCCUGGACCAUGCAUGGAUUAUGGCCAGAUUACUGCGACGGCUCCUAUCCUAGCUACUGCGGCGACAUGCCGCACUAUGCUAAUCUCUCGGCCAUUCUGUCGACCGCCGCACCAGAACUUUUCGAUUUCAUGAGCACCUACUGGCUUCCCAAUCGUGGCACGGCCGAGAAUUUUUGGCAGCGCGAGUACAAUAAGCAUGGCACCUGUAUCAACACUCUCAUGCCCUCUUGCUACGGCGCUGACUACGCGCCUGGCGAUGAAGUGAUUGACUUCUUCGAGAAAGCCGUUGGCUUGUUCCGGCGCUUAGAUACCUAUCAGGCUCUGGCAGCUGCCGGAAUCACCCCGAGCUUUGUGCAGACUUAUACGGCGGCAGAAAUUGAGAAGGCUCUCACUGAAGUUACAGGUAGCUCUGUGGUCUUGGGGUGCUGGCACGGCCAGUUGUCCCAAGCCUGGUACUCGUUCAACGUGAAGGGCAGUCUACAGACUGGCCAAUUUGUGCCCAGUAGAACGGUAGGAAAGUAUUGGCGCGGUAAUUGUCCGGUAGCGGGUAUUAAAUACCUGCCCAAGAAGUUGAAGAAAGAUUAG